ACCAAAUUAUUACACCAUGAAACCUUCCAUAAUAUCUUCCUCUCUUCUAAUCAUCUUCCUCAUCUUCACUGCCACUGCCACCAUCUCAGGCUACACCUUCAAGGCCUACAUCACUCCAAAUUUCAGUGCCACAUACCUCCAAUUCAUUGAUGACUCUGGAACCUUCUUAAUAUCUCCAAACGGAACAUUCAAGGCUGCAAUAUUCAACCCGGGUUCCCAACAAACCAGCUUCUAUCUCUGCAUAAUCCAUGCUGCAUCAAGAACCAUCACUUGGUCCGCCAACCGCGGCCGCGCCGUCUCGAGCUCCGGCCAAAUGAAUCUAACUGCUAAAGGGAUAACAAUUUCUGAUGAAAGUGGAAGGAAUAAUCCUGUAUGGUCAACUCCACCAUUGCGAUCACAAGUUGAUAGGCUUGUCCUCACUGACAUGGGUAACCUCCUACUCCUUGAUCCUUCCAAUGUUUCUCUUUGGGAAAGUUUUCGCUAUCCAACCGACACAAUUAUCAUCGGCCAGAGCUUACCUGUUGGAUCAUCUUUGUCAAGUUCUUCAUCAGAUUCAGACUUGUCCAUUGGAAACUACAACCUCACAAUCACUUCCUCUGAUGCAAUCCUCCAAUGGCUUGGACAGACAUAUUGGAAACUUUCAAUGGACACGAAGGCGUAUAAGAAUUCAUUAAGCAUGGUGGAGUACAUGGCUGUGAACAGAACAGGCUUCUACCUAUUUGGAAGUAAUGGAACGGUUGCUGUGUUUCUGGUAGGCUUACCGGAGUCGAAUUUUCGAGUAGCUACAUUGGAUAACUCUGGCCAUUUUGUGAUCAAAAGUUUUUCUUCCGGAACCGGUUGGAAGCAGGAAUUUCAAGGGCCAGAUGAUGGUUGUGGAACUCCCUUAGUUUGUGGCCGAGUUGGUUUAUGCAAUGAUGAUGAUACCUCUUCUUCAUCAUCAUCUUCUUCUUCUUCAUCAUCAUCACCUGUUUGUUCUUGUCCCCAGAAUUUUCAUGUAGGUUCAGGCAAUUCCGGUGGUUGUGUUCCAAGCAACGGUUCUUACUCCUUUCCAUAUUCUUGUGAUGGUUCUAAUAAUGAUAGUUACCACAACAACAACAACCAAUCAAAUUCUGCUUCUUCCAUUGUUUCAUUCUUGAAUCUUGGAAAUGGUUUGGACUACUUUAACAAUAUCUACACCGAUCCUGUUAUGGACAGUGUGGAUUUAUCAUUAUGUCAAGACCAAUGUUCCAAGAAUUGUUCAUGCUUGGGAGUCUUCUAUAAAAACUCAUCCGGUUCAUGCUAUGUGAUUGAAAACGAGUUGGGGUCAAUUUUGUCAAGUAACGAUGGAGCCAAUCAAGACAUGUUUGGCUUCAUCAAGGUUUCUAUAGGAUCCACAACCACCAAUGAUGAUACGAGAGAUGUUGAAGAUGGCGGAGGAGGCUUUCCGGUGGUGGCCACAGUGUUAUUGCCGAUCACAGGCUUCGCUCUCUUGAUGGCCUUGCUUUUCUUCUUGUGGAGAAGAUCUAUUAAAAUUUCCAAAAGAAAACAAGAUUUGGAACUCGGAAAACCCAACAAUAAUCCUCAUUCUUCCGGGGACCUUGAUGCCUUCUACAUCCCGGGUUUGCCUCGAAGAUUCGACUACGACGAACUCAAAAAGGCCACCGAUGAUUUCAAGACUCUGAUCGGCUCCGGUGGUUUUGGUACGGUGUACAAAGGAGUUCUCUCCGACAAUGCCGUCGUGGCGGUCAAGAAAAUAGUCAACAUAGGAGUUCAAGGGAAGAAAGACUUUUGCACAGAAAUUGCUGUCAUUGGAAACAUCCAUCAUGUCAAUCUUGUCAAAUUAAAAGGCUUUUGUGUCCAAGGGAGGCAUCGGUUUUUGGUGUAUGAGUACAUGAAUCUUGGUUCCCUCGACCGAACUUUGUUCGGUGGAGGGCCACCAUUGGAGUGGCAAGAGAGAUAUGACGUGGCAUUGGGGACGGCGCGUGGUCUUGCCUAUCUUCAUGGUGGGUGUGAGCAUAAAAUUAUUCACUGCGAUAUCAAACCUGAAAAUAUUCUUUUACAUAAUCAUUUUCAAGUUAAGAUAUCGGAUUUUGGAUUAUCAAAACUUCUUAGUCCCGAACAAUCUGGAUUGUUCACAACAAUGCGAGGUACACGUGGAUACCUCGCUCCAGAAUGGCUCACAAAUUCCGCCAUCACAGAAAAAACUGAUGUGUAUAGUUAUGGUAUGGUUCUUCUCGAACUUAUAAGCGGAAGAAAAAAUUGUUAUUUUAAAUCAAGAAAUCAUAGUAUAGACGAGGAUAGUAAUUCUUCGUCAUCUUCGACGUCAGGAUUGCUUUAUUUCCCUUUGUUAGCAUUGGAGAAGCAUGAAGAAGGGAACUACGUGGAUCUUGCUGAUCCGAGAUUAGAAGGGCGCGUGACGAACGAAGAGGUGGAGAAGCUUGUGCGGAUUGCGUUGUGCUGUGUUCAUGAAGAACCGGCGUUGAGGCCGAACAUGGCGGCGGUUGUUGGGAUGUUGGAAGGUGGUAUGGCAUUGCCGCAACCAAAGAUGGAGUCUUUGAACUUUUUAAGGUUUUAUGGUCGUAGGUUUACGGAGGCUUCGAUGAUAAGUGAGGAGAAUAACGAUAACGAAGGAGGAAGAAGAGAAGUGAAUAAUAAUUCUUCAAGCAUGACAAGUGGUGGCUCUCAAGCUGCUUUAGUUUCUUACAUAUCUUCACAGACUGUCUCAGGGCCAAGAUAGGGUUAGUUAUAUAUUUCGCACCAAAAAAUUGAAGAAGAGAGUAUGUUGAUGUAUUUUUAAAGUUGAUAAUCAUCGAUUGUAUGAUAAAUGAUUAUUCUAUCUUUAUUUCUUGUUCAUAACUAUUAUUUUCUGUGUUCUU